CCUUGACCACUAAAUAUUGCGCUAUUGUCCUCCUUCAGCUCUCUCGUGUGUCAUAAUGAGCUUCCAGGACAUUGAAACUGGUCUUGCACGUACGGGACAGUCCAGUUCGACAGCACUUCAGCCGCGUGAAGAGUCUGCGUUUCUCUCCUUGCAAUCGUCACUUUCACUCCAGGUGUUCAAGAUAAAUUCGAAUGUACAGGGUAUUCUCAAGCUGGUCGACCAACUUGGCACUACAAAGGAUUCUGCCACGCUUAGGAAGUCAUUACAUGACCUCACCGAAACCACGAGGGCUAUGGCUAAGCGAGGCUCUGAGGACUUGAAGAAGAUUGCCUCAACCGCUACGGCAAGCCCUCAACACAAGACCUCAGUUCAGAAAAUAUCACAUGACUUGCAACUGUCUUUGGUAGCGUUUCAAAGAGCACAACAAGUUAGCGCAGAGCGCCAGAGAUCCGUGGUAGAAGGGGUGAAAAUAGCAGUAGAAGAUGAUCACUAUGAUGAUGCGCUGCGCCAACGAGAGCCAAGCGCGUCUCCCCGACUACGUCAGGCUCAACUUCUUCAGUCACAGCUUUCUCCGCACGAGCUUGCGUACCAAGAGUCUUUGAUUCAAGAACGAGAAGCGGAAAUCCAAGAGAUUGAGUCCGGUAUACAUGAACUAUCGGAGAUCUUCCGUGACCUUGGGACACUCGUCAACCAACAAGGCGGCAUGCUUGGUAUGUGCAUGGCUUCCGUUAUGAUCACUGGCUCACUGGCACCUUCUGUUCUUUUCCCUUUUUUCGCAGACAACAUCGAAUCAAACGUGUAUUCCAUCGCUGUAGAUACCCAGGGGGCAGCUGAGGAGCUUUCGACUGCUUCCGAGUACCAACGCAAAGCUGGACGACGUGCAGCGUGUCUCAUGAUUAUUCUCGUCAUCGUCGUUGCAGUUGUGCUUUUGGCUAUUUUAUCAUAGAUGUGUGGCCUUGUGUCGUCGCCUCUCAUACCUUUGCAAGUUUUAUAUUAGCUGAUGGAUUAUGGACCUCGUUGUAGAUAUGUUUCACCAAGUGUUUUUAUUUCUAACGUCUAUUUCUUAUAUCAAUGCACUUUGAUUGAUACCCUCCCCAGUGAAUGUGCGUGUGGUAAGUUAGAACGAGGAUAGCUUAGAUGGCUAUAUUCUUUCUCGAUGUGUGAUAUGUGCGUGAUACGUAGUCUCGCAUACGUAUGAAAUCAGAGUUUGUAUCUUACAUAAAUCGAUCAAUAUUGGACGCCCA